AUGACUGCCAUGAUUGGAAAAAUUAGGAUGAAAAUGGACAUUUGUGUGAGGCUGAACACAUUGCUCUUCAUAUGCUGCUGCGUUUGUGUCACUUUAACAGGUAUGAUUUUGAACACUUGUUUGCAUUUGUCUGAAUGACUUGAUUUUCUCGGUUAAAUAUAUAUUUUGAAGAAAAAGGCUGAUUUUGAUCAACCUUGAUCAAAUGAUGAAAUUUGACUAAAAUUUGCAUCUCACCUAUUUUUCCCACCUACUUGACUUUGAGGUGAUUCUUAAACUUUGAACUGUGCAGUGACAUUGAGAUAUGAGAGCAAAAAUAUAAGAAGAAAACCAAAACGGCUUGACUAACUUUGACUUUGACCUGUGACCCCCUGUCGUGCUUGGAAAAUAAACAGUUGCCCUGUGCGUGUGUAUGAUCUGUGGUGCAGUGUUUCCAUUCCUCUAGUUGCCCUUCCUCUAAAACAUGUUUAGGCUGCUAAGAAGAGAGUCUGUGCAACUUCCAAAUGCACACGGAAAUUGAGGUAAUCCUGCACUCAGCAUACCUGCAGUUCAAUCAGAUAACACAAAGGCAUUCAGAAUCCCACUGCACUCUGUCAGUUCAGUUAAAUUGGUAUUGAUUUCACUUCCUUUGCCUUUUUGGGGAUAAAAAUCAUAAUUGGAAUUGAUUUUCUAUGACUAGUUCUUAUCUGUGCUCAGCUGAAGGGCUUUGACUUUCACCUUCUGGCCUCAAAAGAAAAAGGAGUUGUCCUGUGCUGUUCGGGAACAUCUACAGGGGAUUUUGGUGGUUGCACUCUGUCACCUAUUUUGAAGUGUUACACCUGGGGCUGUUUUGUUGCCUGUUUCCCUGAAGGAAAAGUCCAACAGAAAGAGGACAAAGAGUUAUAGAGGAGACACAGUGGGAGUAAGUCUCUGUGAAAAGAAGACCUUACUCUGUGGUCUGUCAAAGAGGCUUAUGUUUUACUUGAAAAGCGAAAAAUCAAAGACCCCCCUGCUUGGAACAUAUAAUGAAUCACAUUAACAAGUCAUUGUUAGUUAAUCAGGGUCUAUUUUUGUCCCUGAUGGAGCUGGUAUCCCAGACAUCCCUUUGAUCCCAUCCCCAUGCUGUGUAUCAAUUACAUUAGCUCAGCCACCUUUGCUCAGCACCUGCCCUGUUGACUGCUUCUUUUGCAUGUCCCUUUCUGUUUCUUUUGAUGUGUUAUUUUGCCACAUAUUUUAGAUGAAGGCCAAUCCAUCAUUGGGCAAGUAUAGAAACAAAACUAUGCAGAUGGCUAUCAUGUCAGAGUACUUAAUUCAGCUAGUAACUAAAUAUUAAUAAUUCAACAUCAGUGAUUACUGUGAUAAUGCCAGAUUUGCCACCCCAAUUCUAAAAAGUUCAGACAAAAACACGUUUGAGUUUUCAAAUAUUCUCAAGCCCAUAUCUAAAUCAAAAACGGUGCAAAUACAACACAUAAAAUUUCAAAUCGAAAAGCUUAAAUUUUACAUAAUCGUUCUCAAUUUAAUGCUGUCAGACGGUUUAAAAAAAAAAUGGAACAGGGAAAACAGGAGGAACAUCUCUUUACUAACUGGGUUGAUUUGUAACAGACUGAGAACAUGACCAGGUGAAUGGCUUUCCAAAAAAGACAAGUCUCUCUCAGAGGGAAAACUCUGUGAGAGACUGUGAGCAUAUAUAAACAAAAAUCAAAACGGUCUUCCUUAAUGUAAGAUUGCAAAAAAUCUGGAUAUUUCAUCAAAUAAGGCUUAAAAUCAAUACAAGAUGGUCGGGGCUACAUGAAAAUGUAGUGGCUCUGUAGUGUGAUUCACUGCAUAGAUUCAGAACCACAAGUUUAUCACUGCAUCAACAACAUCAAAAAAACUGUAUUUGGUCUUAUAAAUCAAAACCUGACUGUCAACUUUGAAAUCAUGGAUUAGAAGAGUCCAUGUGCUUUGCUGGCCUGCCAGCAGCCUUGACACACACCAAUUGAAAACAUUUAGUCUAUCAUGAAAUUAAAAAUACAGUAAAGAACAGUUUUGCAGCUGAAACCCUAUUUUAGUUUUUGUCAAAACUCCAAAAGCUGGUCUUUGUUUUGAAAAAAAAAAAGAAAAUGCAACAUAAUGGUUAUCAGGAUGUUUUCACACUUACUUUUUUAAAAAUUUUGACAGCAUGGAGGCAUAUCUGCUCCUUUAUAAGUUUAACAUAUGUGAUGUAAUAUUUAACUUGUGGUUGAACCUAUUCUUGUUCAUUUUCACAGUAUAUGCUCUGUCAGAGAAAUCUGAUGGCGUAAAAAAAUAGCUGCAUCUUUUAGAUAUAAAUAACUUGUUCUGUUUGUUAUUUUUUUAUUUAUUUAUCUUUUAGUGGGUUUGGCCUUUUAGUUCUUCAGGAAUAACAUUUUUUUCCUCUUUGCUUCCAUAUUUUAUCCAGGGGCCUCAGAAACAGAGAGGAGACUUCAUAAGAAGCUCUUUGAAAACUACAACUUGAAAGUGAGACCAGCUCGUUACUGGCAGGAGAGGGUGAUGGUUCGAGUGGGGAUGACCCUCUCGCAGCUCGUCAGCUUGGUAAAUAUACACGUGCAUUAUGGUGGCUGCAUGCACACGAAAAUUUAAAAAUGAGAAAAGAGCUAAAACUAUUACAUAAUUUUCUUACUUUCUCACUUCAGCCAGAAAAAAAUGUACACAUUGUAUUUCAGCUUAGUAAAUAACUUCGAUAAAUUACAGAGGCAAUGUUGUUGGUGUUACAUCCAUUCAUCCAAACCUGAUUUGCUUUCAGUCAAACUGGAUUGCUGGUGAACUGCGCAGUCAUAUUUCACAUGAUAAGAUGGGAUGUCUAAUGUAUGUAAUUCUCCUCCUCCAUCCCUGUAUGUCUCUAUAGAAUGAGAAGAAUGAAGAGAUGACGACCAACGUGUUCAUGAAUCUGGUACACACACGAAACCAUUCAUCUUCAUCAUCCGCCCUCGCUCUGCUGCUCUGACUCCUGUCUCCCCUCCCUCAGCUGUUCUGUUCCUCUGCCCCUCAAAUGGACUUGUCACUUUCUAUAACCAUAAAUUAUUCCUAGCUUUAUCCCUCGUAUUCUCAUAUUCUCGUAUUCUCAUAUUCUCUCACUCGCUCGCUCACUCACUCACUCACUCACUCACUCACUCACUCACUCACUCACUCACUCACUCACUCACUCACUCAUUUUUUUCCUUGGCUUUCGCUAAUUGGAAAUCAGGACAGUUUGAGUGUUUGUGACAUUUGUGAGGUAGUGUGUGUGGAGGUUAUAAUUAGCAAAGACAGGAGGAUGUUAAAUGUAAAUGACAGAGACAUUGAGGCACCAUAGAUUUUAUGUCACCUUUACCCUACAUACUUCUUAUUCACUUUCCUUUUGUUUUCCCUCCUACCUGUGUCAGGCAUGGACAGAUUACAGGUUGUCAUGGAAACCAGAGGAUUACGAUAACAUAACUGUUUUGAGGAUUCCUCCCAAUAAAGUGUGGCGUCCUGAUAUCUACCUCAUAAACAAGUGAGUGCCACACUGAGAUGAAUCUCCACUAUUCUACUGACAAAGAAAUUUUCAGAGGGAACCUGAAGCCUCACGUUCUGAUAUUUGGUCAUUGCAGGAUGAAUUCCUAUGAGUUGUAAGGCUAGGACAAGGUUACAAUUGUGUUUUUUAGUUUUUAUUGGAUAAAACGUUUUACUUUUCAAAAUCUUUAGCCAAGACAGCUAAUUCUUUGUUUUCAUUUUUGUCUUUGAUUUGUUUCUAGAGAUAUAGUUAAUGAUGAUCAGUUUCUACAUUAAGUUGGGUCCCUGCUUGAAUGUUAACCAGGAACCCUCGAAUAUGUACUUUUAAUUUUCUUUGCCAUUUAUACUGGGUGACCACACGUCCUCUUUUAUCUGGACAUGUCUUCAAACAAAAUCUUCCAAUGUCUCGGGUUUUGUACAGAACCCCCCCCCCCCCCCCCUAUUUACCAUACACGUUCAAUGGUUUAUUUGGAAACACACCCUGAAACACCAAACCAUUGGAACAUAUAUUUAUUCAUUAUUAAACAGUGCUGCACAUCUGCUGCUCCGCUCAGUUCUAAGCAAAGCCACUGGCGAGACGCAUGCAUGGACUAUCUGCCGAAGCAGUGAGCGAAAGAAAAGGGAGAAAUAUUUGUAUGUGAUAAUUUUGUUGAGGAGAAAUGCAGUUAGAUAAAUGAAUACAUUGUUUAUAAACACAACUUUGUGUGAGUAUUUUUCUGUAUCUCCAAGAGGCCCGGUUGAGUGUCUUUUUGAUAAUUCAGAAUAUGCAUUUAACUGAGAUGGAAGCACGUAAAAAACACUCCCCGACCUGAAAAACCCUCAAAAUUUUGCUCUCACACUUCCUCUUUUUGGGGUUCAGAAUAUGGUCACCCUAAUUUACAUAGGCAAUUGAAUCUUGCCUCCAGUGAUAGGAACAAGAAGACUGAUUCUAAAGGAAUUGAGUAUCUUUCAGUAGUGCUAAAAUGUAAGGACUAGUUUAAAGGAAUACCAAAAAGAUAAAAAUAAACAAAAUGGCUUAGAGUUAUAAGUUUAAGAAUCAACCUGUUGUUUAUCAGCCUGAUAGUCCUCAAAGUCAUUUUCUAUUGAUGACAUACAAAGCAUUUGCAUUUUUCUUUGAGUAAGAUAUGUCCUAAUGUUCAUAUUUGUCAUGUUAUGCUUGUAGAGUGCUUUUAUGCCAAAAAUAUAAGCUUUAUAUUUUUAUUUCUCUCUCUGCAGUAAUGACGGUCAGUUUGAUGUUGCUCUCUACGUCAAUGUUUUGGUUUAUAGCGAUGGGACUGUCAACUGGCUUCCUCCUGCCAUCUACCGCAGCUCCUGCUCUAUAGAGGUAAGAAUCAAUCAAUCAAUCAAUCAAUCAAUCAAUCUAUCUAUCUAUCUAUCUAUCUAUCUAUCUAUCUAUCUAUCUAUCUAUCUAUCUAUCUAUCUAUCUAUCUAUCUAUCUAUCUAUCUAUCUAUCUAUCUAGGUUUAGAAGACUUUGAUCUGUCAUUAGAUUUACAUGCACUUCAAAAAUUGAUUUAUUGCAACAGUCUGACUAAAGAUCACGCUGAAAUUGAGCUUCUCAUAGUCAGACUCAUAAACCUGAAUAAUGUGGUACGAGAUCAAUUUUCUCUGUCAUGUAUUCGUCUCAGUUAAACUUUAACUGGCUCAAGCGUUCUUCACAUGCUCCAGUGUUUGUAUGCCAGGCUCUAAGCCGGUGGUUGAACAGCAUAGGUCAUUUGGUUUGAGGCAGUUUACAUUCUGGAAAGGUUACUAGACCAUCCCAGGACUGACACACAAACCUUAAUACACACAUUCACACCUGCAGGUAAAAAAAAAGAGUGUCCAUCUGUCCUGAUGGUCAUGUUUUUUACACUGUGGGAGGAAGGGGUGCAUGGGGAGAACAUACAAACUCUACACAGAAGGGCCCCAGCAGCUGGGGUAUCAAACCAGGAACCCUCUUGCUGCAAGGCCACAAUGCAAACUGCUGCACCACCACAAAGCUCUCCUCAAAACAAAUCCGUAACAUAACCCUAAGGGAAAAAAUCAAAUGUAUAUGGACAUAGAAAAGAGUUAUGCAGGAGGAGGUCCCCUCAACAGACUUGCUGCUCAAUGCUGAAUAUUUUUUCUGUCUAUCUUUAUUGUGGAGACUUUUUAAGACUACUCAGAAGAAUUGUUUUUCUAACAGUUUCGACUUUUUGUGACCUACACUCUUAAGUUUGUAAAAUAGUCAAAAUGACAUCAUUGGUAAUACCAUUUUUCCUUUCAUUGUUCUCUAUCUCUUUUGUAUAAUGAAUCAGUUUGUGUUUUCUCCUCCCACAGGUCUCGUACUUCCCAUUUGACUGGCAGAACUGCAGCAUGAUUUUUCGCUCAUAUACCUACGACGCCUCUGAGGUUGAACUGCAGUACUUUCUCGAUGAUGACAGCAAAGAGAUUCAUGAGAUAGUCAUAGAUGAGAAUGCUUUCACUGGUGAGUACCCCAGUUUGAUCAGUCAGUCUUUAUUUGCAGAUACUCGAUAUGUUUCUCUCACGGCAUCUCUACAUUUUGACAGAAAAUGGAGAAUGGGCCAUUUGCCACAAACCCUCUAGAAAGAACAUCAAAGAGGACCUGUAUGAGGACAUCACCUUCUAUCUCAUCAUACAGAGGAAGCCUCUGUUCUACAUCAUCAACAUUAUUGUUCCCUGCAUCCUCACCAGCGUGUUGGCUAUUUUUGUCUUCUACCUGCCUCCAGGAGCAGGUCAGCACAUGUGACACAUCCUGACUCUGUGACUAUACAUCACCGCCAGGAUGAGAUAUAGAGAGGCACAACUGUUUGAUACAGUGUCUAAAGUCAUGACAAAGAGCAUGUGUCUCAUACUUGACCACCACAUGUGGCAUAGACCUUUAAGGAAUUUAUUAUAGAUGAGAGGAAAGAGACCUUGGCAGGAAGUCAACUUGCUCAGUCUUUGGUCUUGAGUGAUGUUCUCCAACAAAGAAGAAAAUAUAGAUUGAACAGAACUGAUGACAGGCAAUUUGAGCGUGCUCCAUUUUUGAAGCAUUAUUUUGAUAAAAGUCAGUGCUUGAUUCAGGGACUGCACUCUCAAUGUUAAACAGACCAUUAAGCUCUUCAAAUCAUGUCUUAAAGCUGCUCCAAAUACAACUCUUCAAUAGCUUUCCAUAUUUGCAGUUUGGGGUCUCACAGGAUUAUCCAAAAGCGACUCUGUUUUCCUGAAAAUUUUAGAAACACUUGCCUCUAUCCCAUGUCAGCAUGAGCAUGUUUAUGUCUGGCUCCAGCUCCUUUAUGCCCUCAGUUUGAAAGUACAUGGUGAAGCACUGAGUAAAAAUGACUACUGCAGUAAAACAAAGAACUCACCUCUUUCUUUGCACAUGGCUUUCUUACUACUACAGUACGUGCACUUCAGGUGAAGAUGCUAAAAGUAAAAACUAUGUGGUCAUGUUAGUUUAGCAGUCCAAACCUGUGCCCACAGAGUUAACCAGCAUGAGCAGAAUAAUUUUAUCUUGUCCUGUUUAAUCAUGCUUUUUCCAGAUAUCUGUAAUAACAGUGGUAUUGUUCCAUGUUAACCUUCUAUGAUCAUGUGAUGCACAAAUACAGGCCUGUCACCUUCCUUGAGUGUUCAAGUGUAGGGCUGCGAUAAAGUGUAUUCAGACAGAUGUUGAUUAAAGCUCUAAUGGUAAAGGCCCAAUCCCAAUCCCUACCUCAGAUCUAAGUCUUUAAAUGAUGUGCAGCAUGCAGUGUGUGAGCCUGAAAGGUCGGGUGUACCUGCAGCCCACCUUCUUUAAUUCAGAAUUGCACCAUUACCAUUAGCUACAAGCUGGCUUGUUAUCAAUAGUUCAUACAAAUUAAGGAACAUCAAAAUGAUUUAUUUUUCUUACAAAUUCUCCUGACAGUUCCAUACAUACAUUUUCAGUGAGACUUUUUCUCUUUGAUCGAGACUUAAUAUGAUCUCUGUUGUCUGCAGGAGAGAAGAUGACACUCUCUAUUUCUGUCCUCAUCGCUCUGACUGUCUUCAUGCUCCUGCUGGCUGACAAGGUCCCCGAAACCUCUCUCGGCAUCCCAAUUAUUGUCAACUACGUCAUGUUCACCAUGAUCCUGGUCACAUUCUCUGUCAUCUUGAGUGUAGUCGUCCUGAACCUACAUCACCGGACACCCAGCACACACAUCAUGCCAAACUGGGUUCGAAAGGUGAGACCAGGUGUAAUGUAGUCACUCUACAACUAAUGAGGCUACUUCAGUCCCCAUGUGUCACAGAUUUUUUGUACUUAAUUAUUGCAGGUUUUCAUUCACUUCCUGCCCAAGUACAUCGGCAUGGCACGGCCAAACCCUGAGGAACCUAUAUUUAAGGAGGAGUCUAGUGUGGACAUGCCCAUCCCGAGCUACAACAGCAGAGUGCCUGGAGGAGAGUACUUCUUCCGCAAAAUCAACCCUGAUCUUGUCUUACCCUGGAGGGGCAGGUGAGUCAGACCAGGGCUCAACAGUGCAACCGUUUCACUAGCAUUUGUGACAAAAAACAGAUGUGUGUGUGAAUUGUAAAAUGUAUUUAGGGGCACAUGUGCUCAAAAAAAAAACAAAAAAAAAAAAAAACUGUAAAGGCAGCAAAUGUUUUUUCAUAUACAUAUUGCAGCGAAGUUAGUUUUAGGUUGGAUAUUUGACGGACAUUCAUUGCAGAUCUGAAGGUGUCCUCUCACUCUAUAACUGGGAAUAGCAAGAGCAUGUUGGGUGUUGAAUAAGGGACCAUCAAUAAACUGCCGGUUGAUAUUCUCAAGGAAGGCUGUUUUCCUUCCAUAGCUUCUAUGUCAUGUGACCAAUUGACCUAAAAUUAAUUUCAAAUAAUUAUACUUAUGUCAACCAAUGAGAGACACAUUAUUUGAUCAAUUUUCAUUGUGCCCCUAAAGUUCUUUGUGUGCUUCUUACUUUUUCAACUUAGUAGCACAUGUGCUCCUUGGGAAAAAAGUUACUGUCAAGCAUGGGCAAUUUUAGCAUCUGGUCUUUAGGGGUGCUCAGCCCGCACCCCAGUGUUAACAGAGGCACAUUAUUUUUCACUAAACGAGGCCGACGAGUACAUUUGUAAAUGUUGGAGCUGUAUUAGUUUUACUUUGAGUGUGAAUUCCAUCCAAUUUGCAUAUUACAUGAGCCAUGCCCAUAGAAAACCAGUUACAUUUUCUUACAUACACACAAUAGAACAAAUAAUAGAAAAUAAAUUAAACGGUCAAUAAAAUACUUCACCUUAAUGCGCCCUAAUGCAUCCUUGAGCAAAAACCUAAUAACAUCUAGAAUGUCUUUUAUUUAAAAAAAAAAAAAAUCUACAUUAUUUUGAACAAUGCAGGUCUCUUUCUGUGUGGAUUAAUGAAUGGGCCUAAAGUGAACAGGCACAAGGGGUCACAGGUCUUAAGUGGCCAGGACAAACUGAAAGAUUUAGACACAUGAGGGCAGUAGUGAGCACAGGUAAAUAGCUUACUCAUACAAAACCCCAAAUCAAAUAAUUCCCCUUGUAGGUACAGCAUAGAACUUCCUCAUUAAUAAUGACCGAAACACAUUUUAUACCACAAUACUAUCUUUAAUGGUAUGCCAUGUUUUGACCAUUUUGGAGGGGGGAAAAAUUGAGGCCUCCCCUUAAUCUAAAUGUCAAGUUUUUUCUUGAAGGGAGGAAAUAAAGAUUUGUCACAUCCCAUUCACCUCACACCAAAACAUAACAACUAAGUUAUUAUUAUUUCCUCUCACCUGAAGUUGACUUUAGGGCCUUGUUUUAAAUAAAAGAAUGUGUGUCCAUCUGUGGAAAGACAGAUAAUGGGUCUGAUUUUCCCAAUGUUCCAGUUAACUAUGCAUGGGGGUCUGUAAUGAACCAUUGACAAUGGCAAAAAAGUAACAGGUUAAUUUACUUUAGAUUCUGCUUUGAACUGUAAUUGAACUGUUAGGCUACUAAAUUUAAAAAAGUAACUCAUUACUAAUUACUUCACCCAUGCAAAUCCCCUAUGCAGAAAACGAGAUGAACCACAAAAAGUCUUUCAGAAAUUGAAUUUCGCUCCGACGUCUGGUACAGGACAGCACCGCCCUGGUUGUCAUAGUGAUGUCAUUAUCAGUGUGUCACCGCCUUGUCACAGUUGACCGCUGGUAAAACAACAGCGGAGGAAAAACAAGAACAAGUAGGACAACAACACAAGUGGAAACAGGGCUUGUGUUGUAGUACCUUCGUAUGUUCCAUACCUUCUCAUCUCGGAAUGCGUGGACUCGUGGACUCGUGCAUGUGGAAAGUAAAGACUAAACUGUGUACCUGUGUGAUCCAACAGAGCAGCGACUGAGGUUUAAAUUGCUUAAAACCUGGUACAGAGCUGAAUCUGAUGAAAGGUGUCAGUGCACACAGUCCAUUACUAUCUAUUCCUGAUGUGGCUGCAGACCAGGGUCCGACCGCUAUCUUAUGAGUGUUUUCUGCCUGUUUCAAAGUUACAGUACAGUUCUACUCUAGUACACCUGGCUAAUAGAGUCAAUGAUGCUUGAGAUUAACUUAACACAACGUAACCUGGUGUAACCUGACGUAACCUGACGUAACAAAACAUAAUAUAUCAUAUUGACCUGGCAAGAGAAGUACUGUCAUACGUCAGGCAGGCGGUCAUAAUGCUUAGCUGAUCACUGCAGGUGUGAACUUGCGCUGAUGAUAAGAUGUCCCCCAAUGAUCAGAUAGCCUACUUUUUGGAGGAAGAAAAAAUAUAAUUCUAUUCUAGGGCCCGUCUUGGGAAAAGCCUGAUCCCUGCAGCCAUCGCCGCCCUUAACAGCAGGCCCCGCUGACCUAUCCGACCAGCCUGUCACCUUUUGCUGUUGUCACUGUCCCACACUAUUUAUGUCUGUCCUUACUGUUUGUUGAUGUUUGUAAUGUGCAAUGUCAUUGUCUUUCCCAUAAUGUACAGUCAGUGAAGAUGAAUUUCCCCAAGGGGACCAAAUCAAUCAAAUCUCAAAUCUCAAUCUCAAUCUAUUCAUCUAAAUAAUAAAGACAACAUUUUACUCAAAGGUAUGACUUGAUCAAACUCUGUUACGUUAGGGUGAAGACCAAGCUUUUAGUUUGAGCAAUAAGAAAACCAGAAAAUAACUGUCUCUCUCUGCAUUCUCAACCAUCAUGUUAAAUACCAUAGACCUGCAGCAUGAGAGGCCUGCUUUUCUCUUGGCUAAGAUGUACUGUACCUGACACUCCUCUUCCUUUUACUAGCAGAAAGGUGUUUCUAUUAAUGUUAAUAAAAGCCAGCCCAGCCAUGAAUCUUCUUUGUAGACUGUGCCAAGGUGUGAAUGUCGGAGCCGAUGCCAGACUGGCUUUUAUAGUAAAGUACACAGCGUGCUUGGCAGAAUUACAGCCUUUGCCACAGCAGCUUAGAGAAUCUGGCAAGACACUAGCAGUACAUGCACUUCCUUUAGCUUCACACAUUAAAUGUUAAACCUAAUACAGCCUUAGGAGAGGAAAAAUGACUAAAGAGUCAUGAUAAAUCAGACUAUUGUUGACAUUCUGGGCUAAAUGAAGGUAGCAGAACUGAAUUUAUGACUCAUACUUUAGUACCUGAGUUUUUCCCAUUGCUCAGAGUGAGGAUGUUUAUGGCAGUUUUCCAAUGAACCAAGUAUAUAAAUGUCCUAAUGUUUGUUCUUUGCAUGUUAGGAUUUUGGAUUAAGCAAUAACAAUGUUGGACCACCACUUUGGUCAAACCUGCAAUAAAUCAACAUCAGUGCCAUGAUAUUUCACAUAAACAUUCAUGUUUCCAAGAAGAUGAAAAUAAAAGACUACAGGUAGCUCUAAUCUUUUAGUGACAAUAACUAAUGUUAGCAUGGCAAUGCUCAGUCUUUAAGAAAAGGCUGACAGCUCCUACCUUUGCAAGGGCCAGUGUCCACUAAUGGCUUUUUUUGUGCCCUGGCAGUGUCUUUUAUCUAUGCAGUUAAGCAUUUUCAGAACUCAGAGUAGUAAGUGUAAAACUAACAUAGUUACAUUCACAGCACUCUCAGAUGACAACGGUUUAAUUUCUAGAAAAUCUCCUCACUCAUCAGUUUUGCUCUUCUGUCACCAACCAAUCUUGAUCAUGCAGGGCAGGGCUUAUGAUAUCAACUCUGUGAACAACAGAAGUCUAUGUAGUGAAGAAGCUUGCCACUAUUGUUUUUUAGGUGUGUUUGUCAGGUCCAGAGCUACUGCUAAUGCCGCCACAUGAUUUCUAUGAAUUGUUUUGGUUUUCUCUUAAAUUUCCAUUAAAUUAAUGCAAUUUGAAACACACUUAUAGUCACAACUAAGAGAAACAGAGGUGCCAUAGACAACUGUAGUAAUCAAGCAAAAGUCAGCCGUUUAAGUGAGAAGUUUUUUGGAAGUCUUGGGAACUACCAGUGCAAAAAAUGUUGUCAGUGGACACAGUCCCUUAAAAAGUCAACAUGGCAUUCUUAAUUUGACAAUAACUCAAUCUGUGCCUUAAUUCAGCUGAUGUAACAUAAGAUUUUACUUGGACACUAUGAGUGUGCAUCUCUGGCAAGUUAAAUAAGCCUGCCAUACAAAAAUUGAUGAUUGAGACAUUUGACUAAAAAAAUAAAAAUCAUGAAGCCAAUGAUAAAACUAGAGGAAAAUUAGAAGUUGGUUUGAUUUGGUUUAUAAGAACCAUGAGUCUCCUUGACAAAAUUUGGUAGCGGCCCCGGCUUACUGAGAUAAUCACAUGAUGGUCAAACCAGCCAGUUACAGUUGCCUGUAUUAGUCUGUAGCCACACCAGCUGGAGUCUCAGUGUAAGCUUAAUGACUAACACUACGGGCUCUAUUUUCGUGUGCGCCGGUGAGGCGGCGGAGGGGGGCGAGCCCUGCGCAGUUGUAUUUUCGUCUGGCGGAGCCCGGCGUAAGGCCAGUUUGGUAUUUUCAUGGACUGAGCCGCACGGAGGCAAGCCGAGAUCCGCCAAGCUGGGCGUGGUGGCGUGGCAGGGGGAGGUGUCGACAGAAUCAGCAGGCGCAGUGACAUUUUCGUGCUCGCCACCGGCGUGUAAAGUGCGCUGAAAGUUCGCCGAUUCAAACCUGGUCAGCUUUCAGCGCAAGGCGGAACGCAGCUGGUCUAGUUGUAUUUUGGUAGACCGGCGGCGUAUCGGCAUACGUCACCGUUGCCUCACCAGCAGGUUUCCACAGUGUCAGGCAGAUUUCAGUGCAAUAAAUAAUCAUCAACAACUAUUAAUCUGAGUCAGCACAUACAUUUAGAUCUAUAUCGAUAUAUUCUGAUCUAUAUCUGAUCUGAUGAGCGCGUUUGGACACACAACCUGACCGAAUCAACACAGCUGAAACCGCAUUUAAUUAAAUUAAAUAUCUAGUAAAAAAACAAACAUGAUGAAGUUAACUAGAUAUGUAAUUUUUGUCCCUCCUUUUCUUUCUUCCUCUUCCUCUUAUUUCUCGCACAGCUCGACCUGGACACGUCUCCGUGUCCUCUGUCUGUCUUGCUGCUGCUGCGGCUGAACAGAUGAUUUGUUUCAGUGCUCAGAUGCGUUAUCUACUUUAAGCCGACAUACGGAUAUUAUAAUAUUCAGUUUUGUGAGCCAAAUUUAUUUUAUAUGCCAACAUCUAUGAAAGAAAGAGCCAGGCCACGGAGCGUGAUGCGUCAUUUACGCACAGAUGGUUCCGAUUUUAAUGCCAUUUUUGGAGUUUAUGUUGUGAUCUGUGCACACAACCCACCUUUGUCACGUGAGGUUUGAAUAUAUGCAACUUUAUGUGAGUGUCUUUAUUUGUGGAAAAGGGUGUUUGUCUUACCACUGGGUCCAACAUUACACACACCAAAUCCAUCUGUGCUCAUAUGAGAGAGUGUGGAGGACACUUGUUGAGGAGCUGCCCUCUGUCGCCAUCUUGUGGCAUUACUGUCUUAAGACAUCUCUUGAUCUCUUUGACUACUUCAUGAAAAUAGUAAUACUCCUCGCCUGUGGCGGAUUUAAAGGCAAGGAGAGGAGCUUAUGUGAUUGGUGAAAACAGGUCUCGGCUGUGUUAAAUCCACUCCACGACCUCUCUCCUCCCCGUCUACGACUUAUGCUGCUGGGAGGAGCUGAGUUAGGGAGGGGGGAUACUUACGCCGGGCUGCGCGGCUCACCAAAAUACCAAAAUGUGCUUGGGAACGCAUUGUCAGCGCGGCGGAUCUGACUGACGCUGACUGAUCUGACUUGCGGCACGUCUCUGGCGAGGCACGAAAAUAGAGCCCUAAGAGACAAGGGGCUCUAUUUUUGUGCCUCGCCAGAGACGUGCCGCAAGCGCAGCGUCAGUCAGAUCCGCCGAACGCGUGCCAAACGCGCUCAUCAGAUCAGAUAUAGAUAAGAAUAUAUCGAUAUAGAUCUAAAUAUAUGUGCUGACUCAGAUUAAUAGUUGAUGAUGAUUAUUUAAUGCACUGAAAUGUGCCUGACACUGUGGAAACCUGCCGGUGAGGCAUCAGUGACGUAUGUCGAUACGCCGCCGGUCUACCAUAAUACUACUAGACCAGCUGCAUUCCGCCUUGCGCUGAAAGCUGACUAGGUUUGAAUCGGUGAGCUUUCAGCGCACUUUACACGCCGUUGGCGGGCACGAAAAUGUCACUGCGCCUGCUGAUUCUGUCGACACCUCCCCCUGCCACGCCACCACGCCCAGCUUGGCGGAUCUCGGCUCGCCUCCGUGCGGCUCAUGCCACGAAAAUACCAAAUUGGCCUUACGCUGGGCCCCGCCAGACGAAAAUACAACUGCGCGGGCCAAGCUGUAAAGGUUAGAUUUGAACUUGCUACAAUGAAGAAAUUAUAACUGUUGAUGGUAUUUUGUAAGUCCUCUUGGUCAAAACUAGAAGUACCCCACUAAUUCAUCAUACAGUUUGUUUUUUAAUCAAUAAAUCACAGAGUUCUAAUAAGCUGAAUAAACAGUGAAUCUGUACUGUGAAUCAAUCAAUAAGAGAGAUUAUCAACAUUUUUACUUCAAUCUAAAAACUGCCUUCAAACUGCUCUGUCCCUCCAAUCAUGCCAGUUAAUCUGCCAGCAGGCUUCAGCCUUACCACCCAUCUCUGGCAUCAUAAACAGCUCCACAGUUUCUGAACCAGGCUUGGUGCUGGGCAGCUCUCGUCCCGUUCCAAAGGCAUCAGGUUCAGUCCCAGCUAAAGCCCACAGCCCCAUCCACAGUCGCCAGACACUAAUCCUCUGUUUAGGUUGGGCAUUAGAGGGUAAUCCUACAGAGAGGAGCUGGAGGGAGGGUGUACAAUAGAUAGUGGGCAGAUGAGUGGAAGGGAAGACCAGUGCUGAAUGAUGGAGGCAGGGGAGGAUUUAGUGGGGUUUGAUGUGGAAGAGAUGGUGGUCAUGCUAUCAGGCACCAUCAUGCAGUCAGUGACAUCCAACUCUCUCAUCCUGUGAUUCUGUCACAGGGUUAGUUAGAGGACAGGUGCGGUACUUUGCAGCAUAUUUCAGAGAAUCUCCUGCAUGUUUGGUGAUCUGCUUGUGUUUAAAGCUGCACGGAUUAAUUGAUCAGGGAAUUAAAACAACAAUAGAGACUAAAUUAGAAAUUGUCUGGUGUUCAAUUUUUAGGGCCAACACUGAUACUGAUGAUUUUUGUUUCAUUUGACCAAUCAUCAUAUUUGGAAAUGAUAUAAAUUGACACUUAUAUUUGAGGAACAAUUAAAAUUUCGCUGUUUGGUGUCUAGCCAAUCAGAUCGUGUUGUGGGUGGGACAGACUCAACUCAACUCAACUUUAUUUGUAAAGCACUUUAAAACAACCACAGCUGAACAAAGUGCUGUACAUAAAUAGACAAAACAACACAGACAUAAAAAGCAAUCAAAAAACAAUUCAAACAAUGGAUAAAAUAAAAGCAGAAUUAAAAAGUAAAAUAUUGUUUCAAUGUUUUUAAAAACUAAUUUAAAAACAUAGAAACAAAUAACUAAAAACAAACCAUAAAACACUAAAACAGGAGCCGAGUCUCAUGCAGGGUUAAAAGCCAAUGAAUAAAAAUAGGUAUUAAGACGAGUUUUAAAAAUGGACAGUGUGGGGGCUUGUCUGAUUUGAAGGGGUGCAAAAAAUCAGACCCAGAAUUUAAAUAAUCUUCUAAUUUUACAUAUUUGCUACUAACAGUUUGAAAGACUGAAUAUGUUAAAUGAUUAUUUUGUCCAAUUGAUUGGAUUAAUUGUCGGUUUAAAUAAUCAAUUCGUAUUAUUAAAAUGCAUCUAAAUGAUAACAUAGGAACUUGGCCCCAGAUUUGGCACCCUAUCAUCUGCAUUUAAGUGUUGGUUUUACAAAGUGUGUUUGUGUCAUAUUAAAACUCAGGCUAUGAGCACACACACUGAGAACACAGUUGAUUGUGAAUCAGUUACUGAAAAUAGGUGUGCACAUGUGCAGUAGGUUUAAUAGGUACACAUGUGUUGUGGAGUAAGGGUGCGUUUGUACCACAGAGAAAAAGCUUCAUGAAUCCGCAGUAAUGAAUCCAAGGCCUGGAAUGUGAACGGCACGCAGUAUGUACUGCACCAGCAUAGCUCUGCACUGAGCUGUGACCACACUGAGACGCACACACACACACACACACACACACACACACACACACACACACACACACACACACACACACACACAAAACACCUUCACUACAGGAACUGCCAGUCGUACCCUUUUAUUGUCUAGCAGGCCAUGUGUUGUCACGCUUUUUGUCACGCUGUCUCCCUGUGAAUCUGACGACUCGUCUUGCUCCUUCAGUGACGCCGGACACUCACCGCUGAGGGUUCUGCACGUUAUUAAAAACAUCAUACACAAUGUACUCCAUAUACACACCACUGACAUAUAGAUAUGAGCUGAGGUGACAGUCUGACAGGUGCUGUGUGGCGCCUUCAGAAGCCUGGGCACAUUGAUGUACGGCCAACUAUUCUCAAUGACGAAUAUGACACAUUGUACGGUACUUCAAUGGCAACAAUUGAUCCUGUCACCAUUAAAAACAGUGAAUAGUAACAGUUAUCAAACUAUUUGUGCAGUCUUUUUUUUUUUGUGCAGUUUUUUUUUUUUUAGUGCCGGACACAGAUUUAUUUUAAUGUUCAAGGGUUGAAAAUGUUCUCUAAUUUUGAAUUUGACACCUAAAACACAUUCAGGGUCAUGUUUACCACUGUGUAACAUCCCCUGUCCUUUUAACAGCAUUUAAUAAGAGUUUGGGAGCUGAGGACACUAACUGUUGAAGCUUUGGAGGUGGAUUUCUUUCCCAUUCUUGCUUUAUGUACGACUUCAGUUACUCAGUGGAUUUGGAGUCUCUGUUGUGGUAUUCUGUGCUUCAUAAUGGGCCAAUCGGAGACUGGACUGCAGACGGGCCAGUCUAGUACCCAGACUCUUUUACUCUGAAGUCAUGCUGUUCUAAAAGAUGUGUCUUGGCAUUGUCUUAAAUAAUGAAAUAUAAAAUAAUGAAAUGAAAUAAACAGAGAUGUCCCUGAAAAAGAUGAAGCUCUUAUGGCAGCAGAUGUUCCUCCUAAACCUGUAUGUAUCUUUCAGCAUAAAUGGAGCCUUUACAAAUGUGACAGUUAGCCAUGGGCACUAAGACAACACCAGACCAUCACAGAUGCUGGCUUUGACCUUUAUUUUAUGUUUUUCUUUUGUUUACAUAAUUUAAUUUGACUUAUCUUCGUUUAUUUUAUUUCCAUUUAUUCUAUUUUAUUAUAUUUAGCUUUUAAAAAAAUAUUUUGUUAAGUUGAUUUAUUUUUUAACAUUAUUUAUUUAGUUAUUUAUUUGUAUUAAUUAUAUUUUCUUUUGUUUUGUCUUAUUUUAUUUACUUAUUUAUUUCGAUUUAUUAUAUUUAAUUGUGUUUUGUCUUAUUUUAUUUUAUCUACUUUUUUUGUACUUGGCUGAUCAUUUCCAGUAAGUUAUCAUGGUUGUCUUUAGACUAAAGAUUUAAUUCUACUUAAAGUCAUCUGAAAUAUUGGCUGUUAAGAAUGUGAAGAUCAGAUCCUGGCUCUAUUAGCCUGCUGUAAAUCAUCCUGCCUGACACGUACCUGCUUGCUGCAGUUUUAAGUUGUUUAAGUUACUGUUAAAGAAAUAGUCAUACUUGUUGCUUAUGGUCUUCUUUAGUCUUUUUUCAUUGUUUCCUCUUUCACCCUGUGUGUCUGGCUGAUUAAUCAAAAUAACGGUCCUGAUACACAGUAACAGUGGAGCUCAGUGGUGCUAUCACAAAACCUCAGACAGUUCUUGAUAAUGUAUUCAUGAGCUGCUGCAGAGUUAUACACAAAGGCACGAAGGCACUCCAGGAACGCUGUUAAUAAGACUCGUAUGUUUUGCUUCAUGGAACAGCUGUGUGAGAGAAAGAAUGACAGGGUCAAGGGUCACAGCGUCACAUAAAUGUUGACCCAGCGUUGUGUCAAUGUCACCCCUGUCAGUGUCAGGAGUGUGUUGCUGUUGUCACUCAGUUUUCAGAGGGACUGCAGGAAGGGCCCGAUGUAUAGUUAUGCUUGUCAGUGGUUAGAGGAGACACACAAGGACGAAGUGUUUGUUACAAAGUGACAACACUGUCAUCUUCUUUUAUGAUGAAUGUCCUACAGCGGACAGCUAAUGUCACUGCUGGUUUGUUUCAGCAGGGGUGAAUCAUGCUGUGCUGGUGACUACUUAUUCAACAUAAAUCUGAGCUCAGGGACAAUUUAUGAAGGAUGAUGUUGUAUCACAAUAUCUCUUACCCUUUUUCCACAGGUUGAGGUUUGACCAGCACUUUUCACUAAAGAAAUUUACCUUUCAAAAUAUUCAUUGCAUACAUUUUGAUCUAACACUCUUACCAUUUAUCAGUCAAAACUAACAAGACAGAUGGAAAGUAUCCGCCAUACCUAAUCCCAAAACUCAUCUGUGGUCACCUGACCAUGAUAUAUACCUCUCAAGAAAUCUCUUAAGGUCAUUUUUCUGCAUGCCUUUGCAGCUAAAAUCUGGUUUUAGGCCUAGAAUUGGAAUGCAUCCUAGUUUUCUCUGCAGGUUAAAACUGAACCACACAAAGAGGAAGUCAUAUCUAAACAUAAUCUAGAAAUACAUGCAACCUCUCUGGGCCUGGCUCAUAAAUGCUGAACAAUACAUCCAGGUUUUGGAGCAGCAUAUGUGUUCAUCUAGAGAAUACCUUUUUCAGGAACCCCUUACAUAACACAGCAGGAGAAUGCCAAAUCAGCAUGUAUUCCAACAGCAUGAUUCUGGAUGUUGAACCGGCCUGUCUGUAGUCCUGGCUUGUCUGCUUUUGAAAACAUCUGAUGCAUCAUGAAACUAGAAACAUGUUAAACUGAAUGGACCUCAUUUCACUGUCAAAAGUCGAGAAGCUGGACUUCUUUGUUCCAAGCUCUUAAUUGAUUAUUACUAAAAGAAUAGGUGAUGUAACCCCUUUUUAAAAGUGUCACAGUUGUUCACAGUCGUUCUCAAAGCCAGCUUUGAUGUCAGAUUGCCCAUAUUUUAAUGCAUAAACUACCUCUUCACAUGCUGUGAAUAACUCAAUCAAGAGACUUGAUGAUAUUUUGUCUUUCAAGGGCAAAGUUUUUCCUUUGUUUUACUUUUGCUUUGACCAAAAAUCCACCAGGUGCCGUGAUCUAACAUACUAAGUCAUCACAGUGGUUGAUAUUAACAUCCCAUUCACAUUUGCUGCUGUGAGUGUACAGUAUAUCAUAUUUGAUUUUCUGCAUUGAUUCAGUGAUUUUUUUUUGAAGGCUGGUAAAGAUAAAUGAAGCCUCAUCCUUAUUUGAACAUGAAGCAGGUGCUGUCAAGAACCACUCACUUCUUGGUUCGGUUGCACUUGUUGGAUUAAGCACACAGACCCAAACAGCUGAUCAGUGCGCUGCUGGCAGAAAACACAGACAGUAUGUCCUGUGCUGGAGAAAGGUGCAAAAUGGUUGGGCUUUCUAACAGCAAACACUUACACUGAGUGCUCUAGUUGAAGUUUGUUCAAAUUGAGAGGAGUCUGGCUGUAGACCUCCACUGGCAGGACUGGAGGUGAGGUUUUUUUGAUGCACUCCAGUUUAAUAUUGCCAUGAAGAUAGUUGAGAGAGAGAAGGUGAGUUAAAGUCAAGUGACAACUUUUCGUCAUUUUCAAAGCAACAGAAACAGUCUUGAUUCACAAGUUGUGCUUUCCACUAUAUAUUGCCUUGUAAUAUUAUAUUAUAUCAAUUGGAUAGAAAUGACUUUUGGACCUUUGGGUAUUUUUUAGUGCUGUUGUCGUAGUUAGGGUAACGAGAGCUAGCGCUUUAUUUUGAAAGGCUUUAAAUCAACUUCCACUCCUCUCAGUGGUGGUGGGUCUUCUCAGUGGAGGUCUGCAGCCAGACUGUCUUGUUAAAAUGAGCUUAAAUCACACAGUAGAGCUUGCCCUGUGCAGCUUUAGAUAGCCAAACAUCCAUUUGUGUUCUCUGACUAGAGAGCCUUGUGCCUGACAUAGAUCCUACUGAUAUGUAAUUUCAAAAUAGCUGAACUAUCCCUUGAAACUUAGAUAGUUUCUUGGAGUUACUUGGACUCCAUUUAAAGUAUGGGACUGAACACUUCACCCUUUUUUACUUAUCCUUGACAGACAGAUUUUUACAAUACCUGCUUUUUAUUUCUUUGCUGUAUUGCACCCACACUCAAGGAUGCAGUUAACAAAGUACAAGAUAGCUUACCAUACUGUUACAUGUUUCAACUGCAGAUGAAGUUAAACUUAAGUUUGUUUCAAAACCAUGAACAUACUGAUAUUUCCUGUGUUGAAAUCCCCACUAUCUUUCCAUUUUAAAGAUGUGAGAGCACAGUGCAGCUCCAGCGGCUCCCAGACACUGACAGCUUCUGUUUGAUCCUCCCUCCCAACCUGAAGUCUGCCAUCGCCGCUGUGACAUACAUGGCUGAGCAGUUGAAGAAGCAAGACACGGAUGACACGGUGAGAAAUGUGCACGAUUCGACACGACACACUCUGUCAGGCAGCUUGUGUUCAGUUUGUCUGCAGCUCUUGAGCACAGCCUGUUCCCAACAUGCCCCACCAUGUUCAUGUGUCAUUGCUUACAUACAGUACACCGCUGACUCAGGGCUCACACCGAGAGCCUCUGAAUGAAUGUGUGUAUUUGUUUUGAUGUGUGUUUUCCCUCCAGAUGACAGGGGACUGGCAGUUCAUCGCCCUUGUGGUGGACCGCCUUUUCCUCUGGUUGUUCGUCAUCAUCACCACCCUGGGCACCCUGGCCAUGUUCUUAGAUGCAAGCUUAAACCACACGCCAGAAGACCCCUUUCCAUAGAAAAUGAAACAUGCACGCACACAUAUGCACACAGUUGCACACAGUUGCAGCUUGAAACCUGAUUUUUUGUUGUCACUUUGUUUUUGAUUAUUUCUAACAUCACCUAAUUGGACUUUUCUUAAACACAUGAAUGAGUUUUCUUUUUCCUGUCGCCAGAUUUGAACAGGAACAAAGCCUGUGUGAUUGCAGGAUCAAUGUGUUGAUCUGUAGAGGUUCAUGUGAUAACACUUUUUUUUUUGUCUAAAUUGUGUAUUGAAAACAAUAUGUCCUUUGUUACCUGAGUUAUGAAUCUUAAACUCAAGUUUCAGGAAAGCAGCAAUAAGUGCUCUCUUUCUUCAUGAAAGUGUUGCACUUUUGGGACAUGCAAAAAAAGAAAAACUUAUUCGUGUUUGAUUUUCUCAUCCACUGCAGAAAUGUACACU